AACACCCCGAAUCAGUGUUCCCAGAUCUCCGGCAUUUUCGAAAAAUCUCCGGCAUCUCCGGCUUUUUUGGAAAAUCUCCGGCAAAAUUUUUUUUUCAGAUUCUCCCGCAUUCUGUCAUGAAUAUCUGGCAUUUUCAAGAAGUUUCUGGCAUCUGGUUAUAAAAUUCCGGCUUUUUUUCAAGCUAGAAAUUUAUCUGGCAACACUGCUGCUAAUUGCCAUGACUAAGUGAUGACUAAUUAGUACUUGGCCUUGGAGUGCGAAUCACUGAAUCCAGCGGUCUGCGAGUCUUAUGGUUGUCUUGUUUACCGGUUUGCUUGUUUAUGCGUCCGCCAGCUAGUCAAAUACCCUUGUGCUAUUGAAUUAUUUGGAAUUUUUAACCUCAUUAAGUUGUUUAAGUUGUUUCUUGUUCAUUUAAGUAGUUAAGUUGUCAGUUAAGUAGUGAAGUUUCUAGUUAGUCAAGUUGUACUUUUCAAUGUUUUGUCAUGGAAGAAGAAGCCUUUUCCCACCUUAUUUUCUAUGUCGAUGAGGAAUUAUGAAUAAAUCUCGUUAAAACUGAUGCUCUUGGGGAAACGAUUUGUAACUAGAAGUGAUCCAUUGCCAUUGACAUCAAACGCACGUCCCAGAGCAGAGAUGGACAACCCCGUUGCCAGCCUUUCAACUAGAAGAAGCCCCCCUCCAUCAUCAGCAUCCAGUCAAGGUGAAACCAGGAACAUUUCACCACAAACCUAUUCCAGUCAGUGUUCAAUCUCUAACAUCGAAAGGAAUGAACAUUUGGGAAAUGCACCAAAGAACGUACGGAAUCUUCAUCUGGACCUUUUCGCGGACAAUCACGGACGGGGAAUAGGAAGCUUAGUUAAGGACAGUCUAAAUGUCAGCAUCACCGAAGCAAUCAAACCCGGCAUGACCUUCAAUCAGGUUAUUAUUGAUAUAGAGAAAAGUAAGUCCAAUAAUGUUGUAAUCUGGGCAGGAGCGAAUGACAUUUUCAAAAACAGGGCAAUGUACUUUGUGAGAUCGCUCUUAGAACUCCUAGCAAGCUCAGAAAAGAUAGUGUACCUAGUGAAUAUUCCAAGGAGAUUUGACUUGGCGAGUGAUCGCUGGGUCAACUCUCUAAUUUUUGACACUAACAAAACUCUAUAUGAAUUAGGUAAAAUCCACAAAAACUUAGUCGUGGUAAGGGCUGACGAUAUCAAAUACAAAUACUAUAGUACAGAUCUAUUGCAUCUUAAUCAAAUUGGCAAACAAAUAGUAGCUAGACGGUUAAUUAAAAGAAUAAGUAUGUCAAACAAAUUGGAAGGUGUCUCCAUUAAUUUAAACUAGAUCCUACUGACGUAACUGCUCAACUAGUAGUUGAUAAUAGGGAAACUCAAAAUGUAAAACUCUCAGUACCCGAUAAUGUUGACGGGUGCAACAACACAAUGAUUCUACUGAAUGUGCAAAGUCCUUUCAGCGUACAGAGCUACAAGUAUUGUUACAUAAUGUUAAGCCGGUGUAUUUCUGUAUAAUGGAGCACUGGCUCCCCAAAAAUUGCAAAAUUUUCUUUGAGAAUUACAGUAUGCUAACAUCCUAUUACAGAGAGCCAGCCUCAAAUGGGGGAACCUAUGGCGGUGUUGACAUUUUUGUAAGAAGUGAUAUAGCUGAAUUUUGUGAGGUAGUUAAAAUUGAUAAUUUCUGCCAAGACAAAAUCUUCGAAGCUGUUGCCAUAAAAAAUAUAGUGGAAAAA